AUGAAAGGCGCAGUGUCAAUAGUGCGGCUGUCCGGGGCAGAGGCAGUGCAGAUUGCGCAGCAGAUCUUCCAGCCGAGCGGGAAAAUGCGGGUGCAGCAGUGGCAGCCACAGUCGCACAGAGUGCACCAUGGGCUGCUGCAAGACACCAACGGGAGCGCAAUAGACGAGGUGUUGCUGCUUGCGAUGCUGGCGCCGCGAUCGUACACGAGGGAGGACGUGGUGGAACUGCACACGCACGGAGGCGGCGUCUGCGCUGCGCGGGCGCUGCAGGCAUGCCUGGCCGCCGGCGCCCGCCGCGCGCGCCCGGGCGAGUUCACUCUGCGCGCAUUCCUCAACGGCCGCCUCGACCUCUCCCAGGCUGAAGCGGUGGCAGCGCUUGUGAAUGCGCGCACGGCUGCGGCCGCGGACAGCGCUCUGGCGGGCAUGUCCGGGGGCAUCGGCGCGGCGGUGGCGGCCAUGCGCAGCGACGCGGUGAACCUGCUGGCUGAGCUGGAGGCCCGGAUAGAUUUUGACGAGGAUCUGCCGCCCAUGGACGCGCAGCUUCUGGGGCGGCGCCUGGCAGAGCUCAGCGAAAAGGUGUCCAGCGCGCUGGACACCGCCCAGAGAGGCAGACUCCUCAGCACAGGCCUGCAGGUGGCUCUGGUGGGCAGGCCCAACGUGGGCAAGAGCAGCCUCCUCAACGCCCUCAGCGGCAGCCAGAGGGCCAUCGUGACCGACAUCCCUGGCACCACCAGAGACAUCGUCGAAGCAGGCGCGGUCAUGGAGGGCGUUCCUGUGAGCCUGCUGGACACGGCGGGUGUGAGGGAGGCGGGGGAUCUGGUGGAGCGGCUGGGAGUGCAGCGCUCUCGCGCGGCUGCGCAAGGGGCCGACAUCGUCCUCAUGAUCUAUGAUGCCAUGGAGGGAUGGACGGAGGAGGAUGGAGUUGUGUUUGGGGGUCUCUGGUCGAGCAGCACUGCCAGCGAGGACCACUCAACUUCAGGCGGUUCUGGCACUGCAGCGGCUGCUAGUUCAGCACGACUGGAAUCAGAUGCCACUGUGCGGGCAGCAUGCAGGCAAAUGGUCUCCACAUCAGCUGCGUCAGGGGCUGGACUGGAUGACCUCAGAGCUGCAGUGGUGCACGCUGCUGGCCUGCCCUCACUCAAUACAGGCGAGACCCAGAUUAAUCCUGUCCCCAGCGGCAGCGGGUGGGCAGUGAAUGAGAGGCAGGCAGAGGCGCUGCUGAGGGCGAGAGAGGCACUGGAGAGGGCAGCACAAAGCGUGCAAGAUGGGCUGCCUGUUGAUUUCUGGACCAUAGAUGUGAAGGACGCGCUGUUAGCCCUAGGAGAAGUGACUGGAUCAGAGGCGGGCCAAGAUGUGCUGGACAGAGUAUUCUCCACCUUCUGCAUCGGCAAGUGA